UCUGGAGGCGCCGAGGCGGUGGGCAGAGGGCGAGGGCGAGCAUGGGAUGGGCCCCUCCGCGUAAGGUUUGGGAAGCCAGGCCGGGAGGGAGGCGGCACCGGGGAAACCCGACCCAGUGGCAGCGGUGACCUGGGGCUAUUCCCAGCCCAAUCUCGGCUGACCCUGGAUUUGCUCCGGGAAGGCUGUGCCUGGGCCGUGGGAGGACUGGGGUAGGUGCAGGCACGUCUGCGGUACAAGUCCAGAAAGGGAAGCGUAUUCCAGGGAGGCUCGCUUCGCUUUGGUCCCCCGUGGUGUAGGGGCUUAGUGGUCUCCAGAAGGUCAGCUAAUCAGUCUGUAAGGUUCAGGAGCAAGAGGAUGGCUAGGGCACCCUCAACUUGAGUCUGCACGGAUUUUAGGUUUCCCUGGGGUAGGUAGAUGUUAAUAUAUCCUGGGGACCCAAUGCUGCUAACCGCUGGCCACAUAGCCAGAGGAAGUGCUACUACCACCACAGUGCCUAGCCAUCGUCCUGUUGGGAUGGCCCGUCCCUAGCUUCAUUCCUUCUCUGUUAGCUUCAUUCCUCCUCCCACCCCCAUUGUCUAACACCUCCUCCUGCAGCUGCAGAACCACUUGGGCAUCAAGCGCUGGAGUGGAGCAAAUGCUGUCCAUGGAGCGGGUGGACAAGGCAGGUAGGCGGUGGUGAUGGCACAGUUUGACACAGAGUACCAACGGCUGGAGGCCUCCUACAGUGACUCGCCCCCUGGAGAAGAGGACUUGCUAGUGCAUGUCCCUGAGGGCAGCAAGUCACCUUGGCAUCACAUUGAAAACCUUGACCUCUUUUUCUCUCGGGUCUAUAAUUUGCACCAGAAGAAUGGCUUUACCUGUAUGCUCAUUGGGGAGAUCUUUGAACUCAUGCAAUUCCUCUUUGUGGUGGCCUUUACCACCUUUCUGGUCAGCUGUGUGGACUAUGACAUCCUCUUUGCUAACAAGAUGGUGAAUCACAGUCUGCAUCCCAGUGAUCCUGUCAAAGUCACAUUGCCAGAUGCUUUCCUGCCUGCCCAAGUUUGUAGUGCCAGGAUCCAAGAGAAUGGCUCACUUAUCUCCAUUCUGGUUAUUGCCGGUGUCUUCUGGAUCCACAGACUCAUCAAGUUCAUCUACAAUGUCUUCUGCUACUGGGAGAUUCAUUCCUUCUACUUGCAGGCACUGCGCAUCCCUAUGUCCACACUUCCAUAUUGCACAUGGCAAGAAGUGCAGGCACGGAUUGUGCAAACUCAGAAGGAGCACCAGAUCUGUAUCCACAAGCGGGAGCUGACAGAACUUGAUAUUUACCACCGAAUCUUACGUUUCCAAAACUACAUGGUGGCGCUGGUCAACAAGUCCCUUUUGCCACUGCGUUUCCGGCUGCCAGGCCUGGGGGAAGCUGUUUUCUUCACACGUGGCCUCAAGUACAACUUUGAGCUCAUUCUUUUUUGGGGGCCUGGCUCCCUGUUUCUUAAUGAAUGGAGCCUCAAGGCCGAGUACAAGCGGGGUGGCCAGCGUCUGGAGCUGGCCCAGCGUCUGAGCACGCGAAUUCUCUGGAUUGGCAUUGCUAACUUCCUGCUCUGCCCCCUCAUCCUCAUCUGGCAGAUUCUCUAUGCCUUCUUCAGCUAUACAGAGGUGUUGAAACGGGAGCCCGGUGCCCUGGGUGCCCGCUGCUGGUCCCUCUAUGGUCGCUGCUACCUCCGUCACUUUAAUGAGCUGGAGCAUGAGCUGCAGUCCCGACUCAACAGAGGCUACAAGCCAGCCUCCAAGUACAUGAACUGCUUCCUGUCCCCACUUCUCACGCUACUGGCCAAGAACGGUGCUUUCUUUGCUGGCUCCAUCUUGGCUGUGCUCAUCGCCCUCACCAUCUAUGACGAAGAUGUGCUGGCUGUUGAGCAUGUGCUCACCACUGUCACACUGCUGGGAGUGGCUGUCACCGUCUGCAGGUCCUUCAUACCGGACCAGCACAUGGUGUUCUGCCCAGAGCAGCUGCUUCGAGUGAUCCUGGCUCACAUCCACUAUAUGCCUGACCAUUGGCAGGGCAAUGCCCACCGCUCACAGACCCGUGAUGAGUUUGCACAGCUUUUUCAGUAUAAGGCAGUCUUCAUUGUCGAGGAGCUGCUGAGUCCUAUUGUCACACCUCUCAUCUUAAUUUUCUGCUUGCGCCCACGUGCCCUGGAAAUAAUUGAUUUUUUCCGAAACUUCACUGUCGAAGUUGUUGGGGUUGGGGACACUUGCUCUUUUGCUCAGAUGGACGUUCGACAGCACGGUCAUCCUCAGUGGAUGUCUGGAGGCCAAACAGAAGCAUCAGUCUACCAGCAGGCAGAGGAUGGGAAGACAGAGCUGUCGCUAAUGCACUUUGCCAUCACAAAUCCUGGCUGGCAGCCACCUCGGGAGAGCACAGCCUUCCUGGGUUUCCUCAAGGAACAGGUUCAGCGAGAUGGAGCUGCAGCUGGGGUUCCCUCAGGGGGACCCCUUCCUGAAAAUGCCCUUUUCACUUCCAUCCAGUCCUUACAAUCUGAGUCAGAGCCACUAAGCCUGAUUGCAAAUGUGGUGGCAGGUUCUUCAUGCCGAGGUCCACCACUGCCCCGGGAGUUGCAGGGGUCCAGGCAUCGUGCUGAAGUUGCUUCUGCCCUUCGUUCUUUCUCUCCACUGCAGCCUAGCCAGGCCCCCACAAGCCGAGCCCCUGGCACUUUGAGUGGCUCAGGGGUGGACGCCCGGACAGCCAGUUCUGGAAGCAGUGUGUGGGAGGGGCAGCUGCAGAGCCUCGUCCUAUCUGAGUAUGCUUCCACAGAGAUGAGCCUUCAUGCCCUCUACAUGCACCAGUUGCACAAACAGCAAGCACAAGCAGAACCAGAGCGGCAUGUGUGGCACCGACGAGAGAGUGAUGAAAGUGGGGAAAGCGCCCCUGAAGAGGGAGCGGAAGGCUCUCGGGCCCCUCCCCCCCUCCCUCGAUCAGCUAGCUACCCUUGUGCUGCUCCUCGGCCUGGAGCCCCAGAGACCACUGCUCUACAAGGGGCCUUCCAGCGACGCUAUGGGGGGAUCACAGAUUCAGGCACUAUGCCCCGGGCUCCCUCUCAUUUCUCUCGCCUCCCCCUUGGGGGGUGGGCAGAAGAUGGGCAAUCAGCAGCGAGGCACCCUGAGCCUGUGCCAGAGGAGGGCUCUGAAGAUGAGCUGCCACCCCAGGUACACAAGGUGUAGCCAAGGCUGAGGAGGGCCCAGGGUCCUCACUGAACAGAAGUUGUCAUUGGCUCCCCACGUGGCUGAGAUCAGCUGAAUGGGAGGGCUCCCUCAGGAUUUUGCUGCCUGGCUCUAUGCAGGGCCAAGGGAGGUGCCAACUCUAUACUCAAAAGUAGUUCCAGAGUGGAAGGCUGGCCCUGGCAGCUGGAGGGCCUGGGGACACUAGACAAAUGGCUUUGUCCCUGCCAUUGCCCCCUGACUGCUGGCCCCAUACCCCCGCCCUCUCUGAGUGAGGUGCUAGGAACCAGCUCCCAAGUCCCUGCCAAGGCACUGCCACCUCUUCCCUGCUGCUGCCUGCCCUGCCAAGGCUCCCUCCCUGACCUUCCCAGAUUAUGCCAACUGGGGUACCCGUGCCAACUGUGGGGAGGCUUGUGUCUAGGCCCUCCCCUCUCCUCAUUUCGGCAGGAGGAGGGGAGUCGAGUGACUGCGGAAGCACCGUGCCCUCCCUCCCUGUCCUGCCUGCUCCCCUGCUCCUCACUAUCCGGGGUAUGUGUGUCUGCCCCUGCUUGGGCUUGGCUUUUGCUUUGUGCAGCUCCCUCCCACAGAGACCCUGGCCCUAGAGACAAUGGGGGAGGGCUUUGUUUUGUUUUGGGUUUUGUUUUUUUUUUUUUUAAUUGCAGGAGCAGGACUUUGGAGCUCCUGACUUCUUAGGGUUUGCCGCCCCCCCUUAGUAGACGGGCCCCUCGGAUUCUCCCGUAGGUCUUUCCAUUCUAAGCCCUGCUGCUGCCUCUGUCGCCUCCUACCCCGCCCCCGAAAUCCACUGCUCUGGAGGUGGGGCAGGCUCUGCUCCAGGAUCCUGACUACCCACUAAAACUACGAUUCCCGACAUGCAACGUGGGAGGGCGGGGCCGCCGCUCCCCUCCGGCUUCUCACUGCCGCGUUGCAUGUUGGGAUUCAGUUUCUCUACGUCGGGCACCUGUAACUCCCGACCGACUUGCCAUGGUGGCUUUGGGGUCUGAAGUGGCGGAGCUCGCCCAAUAGAGCCGUGUACAGCUGGACGGCAUUGAAUAAAAGAGGGACUUUGA